CUUACAUCACUGAUACUCCACAACCUAGACCUAAUCCCGAUAGCUACGUUAGAAGAAAGGAAAGCGAAGAUUAUUGAGGGCUCCACAAAAAUAAACCAUAUAAUAAACAUAACAGCAAUCGAUACAUCAAUUGUAACUAUAGAAAAACUCAUCUCGCAAAAUGAACACCUUAUAUCUGAUCAAAUCGUCUCUCACAAAUUAGCGAAAAUAAAAACCAACCUAGCACAAAUUAAACCAAGAUAUAAUAAAAGAUUUAGAAGAUGGGACUCACUAGGCAGAGCCUGGAAAUGGCUAGCAGGUUCACCAGACGCAGACGAUCUAAAACUCAUAGACACCACCAUCAACGAGCUAAUUAGUAACAACAACGAGCAAAGUGACAUUAACGACAAACUACUAGAAAAACUUAAUAACAUGACUGACUCAUUUGACACAGCAACGUCAAUAGACGCAUCAAAUUAUAAUCAAUUAUCAGCAGAAGUAACUCUUAUUAAAACCAUUAUAAAUUUAGAUAUAAUAGAAACCGAAAUCGAAACUAUUCAAAACGCAAUUCUGUUUUCAAAGAUAGAUCUAAUAAAUAAUAACAUCUUAACACCAGGAGAAGUAGAAACAGUUAGUAGCAACCUCAUUAACCAGGGAAUACCAAGCCACCUUAUGGAUGAAGCACUGGAAUUCGUCACGACAGCCGCCAUCACCACCGGCGAGAUCAUCAUGUACAUCAUCAGCAUUCCAAACUUUAGCGUAACCACGUAUCAGCAACUCCGAAUAGAAGCCAUCAUAAAUAACUCAGAAAGGAUCGUAAUUCCAGUUAUUGAUCCACGAGGCUCAACACUUGGAGGAGGGCAGUUACACCUGGAAGUACCACAGCACAUCACAGAGACCGGGCACGAUCGAACCUGUGCACCAAGGCGCACAUUUUAUGCCGAAUUAGCUGCCACGAGGUGACCAAUUUCCCAUAGCGCGAACUGUGUUCCCACCAGUUCGCUUAGUUAGCAGAAUAGGUUUUU